AUGCGUUUCAACAUUCUCUCGAUAAUUCUUUUUGCCGUCUCCUGCGUGGCUCUUACUGUCACAUCUCCGUCAAACGGGGCCAAGGUUGAUCUGAGCAAGGAGUACGAGAUCAAGUGGAAGUCUGUCCAGUCGGACCAACCCAAGUUCACCAUCAACCUGGUCAACAUGAACGGCUCCAGCGCCAACAAGGAGAUUGCCAAAGACAUCGACGCUUCCCAAGGCUCCGUCAAAAUCGACCCGGUCUGGGGUAUUCCGAAGGGCCCCGGCUACCAGCUGAACUUCAUCUCCCGAGACAAGAUGAACACCGGCAUUCUUGCCCAGUCGCAGCAAUUUGAGGUCACCAAAGUCGCUGAUCCGCCCAAGAACAAAACGACCACUACCUCUAGCUCUUCGAGUGCAACCGAAUCCACAGCUGCGCCCACCAACUCCACCGCCGGUGCCUCUUCGCUCGCGAUCCCGGCUACUUUCGGCUCCCUCAUGGUGAGUAUCUUUGCACUUGUGCUCUAA